AGAGAGAGAGUGAGAGCGAGCGACAGAGGGGGAGGUUGGUUCCUGAUACCGAGACACGGAAAAGCAGGGGAGGGAGAAUUACAGAAAAAGACGAGCGAGGAGAGAGGGAGAGCGCGACCAGGAGGAAUUACACUGACGGACACGCGCUCUUCGCGGGAGUCAAACUGACAUUUUUGACGCUCACUCUCGCUAACCUGUCAAGACCAAAAUAUUGGAGCUCCACAGCAGCGACAUCGCGCUAACCCAGAACUCAUGGGUUAACAGACUUUCUUCAUGAUAAGCAGCCACCCAUUAGUCCAAUGAAUAACCGGAAGGAAGACAUGGAGAUCACGUCGCACUACCGGCAGCUCCUGCGAGAGCUGAACGAGCAGCGGCAGCACGGCAUCCUGUGUGACGUGUGUGUGAUCGUGGAAGGCAAGAUCUUCAAAGCGCACAAGAACGUGUUGCUCGGCAGCAGCCGCUACUUCAAGACACUUUACUGCCAGGUAAAGAAGGGUUCGGAACAGCAGGCCACCAUUACGCACCUGGAUAUCGUCACGGCCCAGGGCUUCAAAACGAUCCUUGACUUCAUGUAUUCGGCCCACCUGGCGCUCACGAGCAAGAACGUCAUUGAGGUGAUGUCAGCCGCCAGCUACCUGCAGAUGACCGACAUUGUGCAAGCGUGUCACGGGUUCAUUAAAGCGGCACUAGACAUCAGUAUUCGGUCUGAGCUUGCGGACGAACUGGUGGAUAUCGAAAUGGGCAACGUGGUGAGUUCCAUCGGAGGCGGGGCUGGGCCUGGUAUGGGCGGAGCUUCUGAGGCAUUGGCGUCCAUGAUCUCGGCACGCAGCUCCUCGCCGUGGUUGGCCAGGCGCACCAGCCCGGCAAACUCAUCUGGAGACUCGGCCAUCGCUAGCUGCCACGAAGGUAGUAGCAAUUAUGGCAAAGAGGAUCAGGAACCCAAAAGCAAUGAAAGCCAAGAGGACGUUUGUUUGCAGCCAUUGUGGCCUGCCGAUUACCGUUCGGUCCAGGUCAAAGAGGAGCAGGUCUCCCCCUCUAAUCUGCAAGACGGGGCUGGCCGAGGCUCACAGGGGACACCUGGAGAGCAAGGUGGCAGAGGGGAAGGUGGCUGGCAACCCCCUGGCUCAGGUCGAAGGAAGAACCGAAAGAACAAGGACACAGUCAGGCACAUAACCCAACAGAAUGAAGGAGACAGUCGGGCAGCAUCGCCUCUACAGUCCAUGCUGUCCAACCCUGGCUGGAGCUACAGCAACCAGGACAUUUCAGGUGCAGAAGUACUGGAGCCUAACAUUUCUGAGAGCCGCAGCGAGCGCAUGGACCUCCUGGUAAAGCAGGAGGAGGCCGCAGCGGGGGACAGCGGGUUUCUGUCCGGUGAGAGAGACGAGGUCGUGGCCCAGGAGAGAGGGGGCUCGGUCGCUAAUCUGCGUGCCGCUCUCAUGAGCAAAAACAGCUUGUUAUCUCUGGGGGCGGAGAUGCUUGGAGAGGAGAACCAACUUCUGUUCGACUACUUGCCCAAGGGAGGACACUCGCUCUCCCUUAAUGACUUCACGGUGAUCAGGAAGAAGUUUAAGUGCCCAUACUGCAGUUUUUCCGCCAUGCACCAGUGCAUCCUGAAGAGGCACAUGCGCUCGCAUACGGGCGAGAGGCCGUAUCCCUGUGAGAUCUGCGGGAAGAAGUUCACCCGGAGGGAACACAUGAAGCGCCAUACUCUGGUGCACAGCAAGGACAAGAAGUAUGUGUGUAAAGUGUGCAGUCGUGUCUUCAUGUCUGCCGCCAGCGUGGGCAUCAAGCACGGAUCUCGCCGCCAUGGCGUCUGCGCAGACUGCUCUGGAAGGGGCAUGGCUGCUCUGCUGGACCAAAACGGCGAGGACGGUUCCCCGGAAGAAGAGCUCUUGUAUCCCGGUGACCACCGUUUCCCCGACGACACCGCCGAUGGUGACGGGGAGGACGAGAUGAUGGGGGAGGCGGAGCUGAUGGGAGAAGGCGACGGGGAUGAGGAGAACGGGAAAUGGAGGGCAGGCUCAGGGAUGUCUCAGCGAGACGACAGAGCAAUAGACGAUGGGAAAGAGGAGAGCGACUCGGCUCUGGAGGGAGACGCCAGGGCAGGAAGUGAGAAAGACUUCAGUUGGAUCUCUUAGUCUUAGAGCCUAGACCAAGAUCAACCACCUGUUCCUGCAAGGAGAUACGCUUAAGGUGGGCCAAUCGGAUUUCCUUGAGUCGGAGAUCCUUGAGAUGCCCGCAAGGCUGCCAGAGGAGAGACGGUGGAGAGUCUUUUCGCCGGGACUCUGUGUGCUUCUGACCCAGGCUUUGGUUUGUCGUCUCCUUUCUUCCUACGUGAGGACCAAACGGGUUUCUGUGUAUGUGUUUGCUAUUUCCUCAGACAAAAGAGAUCGAAGAUCGUCCAAAAUCAGUACAGAUGCAUCGAUGGGUCGAAAGUGUACGAAAGUGUGCUCUUGCCAUACGGUCAGUCACCACCAGAGGGCGCUGGCUUAUCAAUUAAUGAGGAGGUCACAUCGGAAGACUUGCAUCGUUCUUUUUGGCACAUUGUUGAAACUGCAACAGACUUGCACUUUAAAAAAAUAAACAUUGGCUAGAUUCCUAUCGAUUCCCUGUUUCUGUGGUUUACAUUUUUAUUCCAAUUUAUAAAUAUAUAUAUAUAUAUAUAUGGUGACCGCACCUACCUUUAAGGAUAUACAAUAUGUCCUUAUGACUGUUAUGUAUGGACAUUUGUGCUAGGUUUGCUAAUUAUAAUGUAUGCCUUGUAAUGUUUUAUUUCGUUGCAAUUUUCUUUUCCUUAAACAUUUCUAUCAGUGGGGAAAAAUCAUGUAUAUAGAUAAAUCUAAGUGAAACGUUUGAUUUAUGUCUUUUGGGGAAAGAUGUGCAAACACUAUGCAGAAACAAAACAUUUCUAGUUCUCAAUCUUUAUUCUCUCUAUUAUGGGAGAGAAAACAAAGUCUUCAACAGAUGUACAAAGAGGGAGACUGGAUGAGAGAGAAAAUAGACUUACGGGAAUAUUACUUUUUGUCCCGCUGUAAUAUUUCCACAUUAUUUGCAUUCCAUAGUGGACACUGUCAGGGAUAGGUUCGGUUUUAUACAGAGGCUUUUCAGUGUGCCGUGUUUCUUAAAAAAAAAAAAAGAAAUUGUAUGCAAAUGUGUGUUUUGCCCUAUUUUGUAGGUUCGGUGCGGGGCGCAGGGUAAGGGGGUGUCAAACUCAAACUCUCUCCUCUGGUCCCUCUCUGAAUUUGACAAAUUUUGCAUUUCUGUGCAACUUUGCCAUCAUAUUUUAUAGAGUCUGCCUCGAGAAUAGUAAAACAGACAGGGAGAUAUCAUGCCUUCUCUCAACAUUUUAAUGCUCUAACUUCUGGAUAUAUGCAUCAGUUUUCUGAAUCGGAGUGAACCACAGCUUUGAUCUUUCUUUCUUCUUUGUGUUUAGUCCAUUAAUGAUACAAAGACCAGGUCUGAUGUGUGCUGUAAAGUGAAAUUGAUCUUCACUUUUUGGGUUUAAAUGGUUAUUUAUUUUGUUUGUUUGUGUGUGCAUGCAUGCAAGAGAGAGAGAGAGAGAGAGAGCAAGAGCUAUUACUUGUCUCUUACCAUUCUGUCAAUCAUGUACCAACAGAGAAUACGUGUGUGUGUGUGUGUGUGUGUGCGUGCGUGCGUGCGUGCAGGGCCGGGAUUAUGAAUGUCUUUGACACCAUAUUGUUUUAACAAUCUGUGCCAGAAUAUUUGACAAUGGGAAUAAAAUGCUUUAUUAUGCUUUACUUACUAUUAUUAACAAAUUUAAUUAUUAUGGUUAUUGUUGAUGUUGUAAUUAUUAUUGUUACUGUUAUCACUAUUAAUGUUAUUAUUAUUAUUAAGUGCUGGAUGCUAAGCUUUAUUAUCUGUUUGAUUUGACUAUAUUUUCUUUCUUGAAAAACGAAGUGUAAAACUUUCCAAUCUUGCCUUUCUAUGGACAGCAAGCCAUGUGGCUUUCAGAAGUAAUUCUAUUGUGCCAGUUUCAUGCUUUUUUGAGUGAUAUUUGAAACAUUUCUGUUGUCUUUUCCGUUUCAUUUACGAAGGAUAAACCUUCUGAAAGCUUGAUUUACUUAAAGUUUGACAGAAAGGUCUACAACACGCGCUUCUAUAUUACUAACGUACACUAAGUAAUGAAUAUUAUACCAAAAAAAUAAUAAUCUGGUAUACGUUGUAUACAUUUAGUGAUUUUGUUUCGAUUUGGUGUGCAGGUGCAAAGCUUUGAUCAAACAGUGAUUUGCUUGGUUGAUUUUUUUGUUUUUACCCUGUACUUUGAGAAGCACAGAUUAUGUUACGUUAUGAAGAGCCACUUGAAAGUAAAUUUUUCGCAGCUUUAAUUCUGUUGCCCUUGGAAACAUACUCAAGUUUUAAUGGAUGUGCUCUACUGUAUGCCAUUACUCUUGAUCAUUUACAAGGCCAGCCACUGUCGCGUGGAAUUGUGGGAAAUCUAUGCUUGGAAUUUUGGGAAAUGUAUGCUUGGCAGUUUGUACAAGCUUUAAGACCUCAUAUGUCUUUGGGCCAAGUGCCAGGCAAAACUGAUAUCCAAUCCCUCCAAACCAUCGGACAUUUAGCUUUUUCUCUUUGUUUAAUUUAUUGUGUUCUUUACCUUUAAUUGAAAUAAAAUCUGUUGAAAUGAAAAAAAAGGAAA